UAUGGCGAAGCAGCACAAUUGAAGCCAAUAGAAAAGGAGUUAAAACGUUUGGAAGAUCUCUCUAAUGCCAUUGUACAAGAUUUUGCUAUAAUGAGAAAAAGGGAAGAAGAAAUGAGAGAUACAAAUGAAUCAACAAACAGCAGAGUUUUAUAUUUUUCAAUAUUUUCGAUGUGUUGUCUCUUGGGACUGGCUACUUGGCAGGUGUUAUAUUUGAGAAGGUACUUUAAAGCAAAAAAAUUAAUCGAAUAAAAUAUAUUUAUUUUUUUUUAAUUCUUUAGAAAUAAAAGUUAUUUUUUUAUUAC